ACCAUUAUUAUCCGGAUACCGCCGUGGAUCGCAAGAUAUUCGAUCAGCUCAGCAUGGCAAACAACAACGACAACGCGGUUCCUGCAACGACCGAGUCGUUGGAGCGCGAUAUUCUGGCGCAGGAAUGCGUGGAGAUGCUUGUGGAGCAUGGGUACCAUCGGGCAUCCUUGGUUGAGAUCCCCAUUUACGAGCGUGUCGUGGGGGGGUUGGUGUUUUGUCUGCAGAGCGAAGAGUUGACCAGUGUCGACUGCGACAUCUUGUUUCGCCCAGUGGCCACGGUGAAGGAGCGCGUGCGUGUGGCCGAAGCCAUCUGCCACAGUUUCAACACGGCGCUCAUGUCCUUGGCCACGACCGCCACAUCAACCAAGGCGUUGACGUUGAGCGUGCACGAGCUCCAAGGCGCCAACUACGCCAAACUCAAACUCGUUGUAGCGUGGCUCGUGCAGCACACGCAAAUCAAGCUCAACACUCGCGUCCAACAAGCCAUUCAGACCCAGUGGAACGAUCUUCGCACGACAUCCUUGGGCACACAACCCCCACGACCUCCCCACGCGCCAUGGUACCGUGUCGAGCGGCAGUCCAAGUUUCGACCGCACGGAGAGACCAACACAGAACAGGAGCGGAUCCAACGAUGCUUGCUGGAAUACGGCGAACGACUGGCUAGCCCCGCGGCGGCUACGAUGGCUACAGCAGACCAUGACACCGCCGCGACCGUAGCCCCCAGCGCGAACCCGCUGCUGUCCGCCAUCGCCAAGCAAGCCAUGGCCAUCCAGCGCCAACGGGAUGCGCAGGGUGAUGCGCCCGUGGAAUGUACAUCGAAUGACGAUUUUGAUCGCCUAUACAAGACUGCCGAAAAGGAAGCAGGCGUUGCUGAGCAACGAGCGCUUCUAGAACAGCAACGCCACCAGGACGAACUCCUUCGACACGCCGCCGCCACGCACGACGACAAGUAUACCUACGCAACGGCAAACGCAGAGGCACUCCACGCCGCGUCGGUGGUGUACGAGACGACAUCGGAUUCGAUUCGUCAGCGAUUACGUCAACAAGCUCGGGGUCUUGACGUCGACGCGUCACCGGCCGAUGCGUUUGGGCGGCUCGCCGCAACACGAAAAUGGACACGCGACCGUCAAAAGCUGCUCCAGAAAGGGCAGGCCCAGGAAGCCCAGCUACACAAUGCCAAUCUCGAAUUGCAUACACUACAAGUCGAAACAGCGCGGCUCGAAGCACUCGAGUCGACGUCGGUGAAGUCCUUUCACGCCCUUGAGCGAAAGCAAGAGCAGCUCGAGAUGCGCGAAGCCGCCGUCACCAACGCCCACGACCUGCUGCAACUUCGCACCCUCAUUGCACUGCACACGAACCUCAAGCUGCAAGAAUCCCAGUUUAAAGCGUCAUGUACUGAACAGUUGGCUAGCCUGCAGAGUCGACAACAAGCGUUGGUGGGGUCGUCGUCGUCGAAGCGUGGGGACGACGUCGCAGACAACGUCGUUCAAAUCGAGCAGCGGCAUCAACGGGUGGUUGACAAGCGAAUGGAAUUGAAACGAGCCGUGGCGAAGGAGGCCCAGGGGAUAUUAGCAGCCAUGCGUCGAAUUGACUCCAUUCCCAGUCGCAGUGAGUUGAUUCAGUAUGAAAAACGAUUUGCAGAGUUGUACGACGAGGUACACACCAAGCCUAUUCAGCCAUAUAAAAUAUAUUUUUUGUUGUUGGAUACGAAUAUAUAUAUAUAUAUUUGUACUACGGAUAAUGCCAAGUGGAUAUAUUUGGAUCAAAACAGGUGGCGCUGACGCUGGACGAAACGAGAAAGUAUUACUCCGUGUACAAUAGCCAGGAAACGACACUGGAGUUUCUCGAAAAGGAGGUAGCAUUGAUUGACAGCAUCAAUGCAAACUUCGAAGUCGCGCUCGGCUCGGCCGACACAACCGCCUUGUUCUUUGGUCAAAUGAAUACCAUCAUUGCAAAUGUACAAGAUAACGUAACCAAGCAGCAUGCAAACGUGGCGGCGCGGCAGUUGGCUGUGGACACGCUCGACAGCAAAUAUCAACUGCUCGUGGAAAAGCAACAAGCGUACUUGGCAGCCAUCCGAGACUUUCAAAAGGAGUGCGAGAAGAACGCCAAGCUCACCAGCCACUUGGACACGCUACGGCUAGCCAAUUGAGUAGUAGUAGUAGAUAGUUAAUGGUUAGUCCCUCGCACAAUCUAUGGUUGGUGACUACUAACUACGGUACUACAGUACUACUAACGUUCGACGGCAUGUUUGAAGCCUUCCA